AACCAUCGCAACCAUCACAACCUAACUCUCACACCUCAACCAAGCAGUGAUCCCCACGCCUUACCGAGUGUAGAACACGUGCACGAGUGUGGGACUAGUCUGCCCAAUGCGGUGGAUGCGAUUGAUCGUCUGCUGCUCCAUCGCUCGGUGUAA